AUGGCUACUCCUCCGCAAUCUCCGCCGGAAAACGCCGACAAAGAAACCCAGAAUAGAGAAAUUCCGAUGCACAUCAUAUCGAGAGAAACCCAGAACAGAGAAACCCAGAGCAGUGAAACCCAGAACAGAGAAACCCAGAGUAGUGAAACCCAGUACCGAGAAACCCAGAACAGAGAAACCCAGAGCAGUGAAACCCAGAACAGAGAAACCCAGAGCAGUGAAACCCAGAACAGAGAAACCCAGAACAAAGAAAUCCAGAGCAGUGAAACCCAGAACAGAGAAACCCAGAGCAGUGAAACCCAGAACAGAGAAACCCAGAGCAGUGAAACCCAGAACAGAGAAAUUCCGAUGGACAUCAUAUUUACUGAAAUCCUUCCAAGACUUCCCGCCAAAUCACUUCUCCGAUUCAGAUUGGUCUGUAAAGAAUGGCAGUUGUUUAUCUCGAGUUCCCAGUUCAUCAUUAAUCAUACUCGCCACCCAAAUUAUCUCUCCUCGAGGUCUGUUCUUUCCAUUGCCCUUAAUUCUUCAUUAACUUAUUUCGAUUAUGGAGAUUCUCAAAAUGUUCAAAUCAACAAUUUUGGCCGAUAUUCCAUGACAAAUCCCGUUUUCUUGAUCGGUUCUUGUAACGGUUUAGUUUUGUUGAUUUUUUCUCAUGCUCGAAAUGGUGAAUUGCUAUUUCCAAGUGAUCUUCUUAAUUUUGGAUUUGAAUACAGUGUUUAUAAUCCUGUUCUUCAGCUUGAUAUUGUGAUUCCCCAACCUCUAGGAUUUGUUCUUCGGAGUGAUUAUAUUACUGCAAAGGAUUAUAGUUUUGGGUUUGGUUGUGUUUCAACCCAUGACCGUCUGGAAUUCUUCAUUGUUGCCAUUAGCUUUCGAAUGGGAAAUGUGGCUGUCUUUGAAUCUUCCACUGGAAUUUGGGAUAUAAAGACAUUGCAAAGGAAUCUGCCAAUUGUAUUUCAAGAUGCUUGGUAUGUACAUAGUGGAACACUGGUGAAUGAAGCUUUACAUUGGGGUGUUAUUAUAGUAGGAGAAAAUAUCAAAUGCAUUGCUAGCUUUGAUUUGGUUAGUCAGCUUGGGAUCAAAUUUAUGAGAUUGCCGUAUGCCAAUUUUGGGGAACCCAGUAUCAUUCGUUCUGCUUUUAGUUUGUGUCGUAUAAAUGAUCGCUUGUGUGCUUGGGCUUAUUAUAAUGGUGGACAUGUAGUUGAUAUGUGGAUGUUGAAAGAAUAUGAUGUGUGGGAAUCAUGGACCAGGUUUUCUUGUGGCGAUCUGAGCUGUGAAUAUCGGUAUUUUUUUGGACUUACCAAGGCUAGAGAGAUUAUGAUGUUCCAUUUUAGAUGGCUAGUACUUAUUGACUUCAGCCGAGUUCCACACGAAAGGAGGGUUGUUCAUUUUGGACACCAAGUGACUGCGGUGAACUAUGUUCAAAGCCUUGUAUCACCUCAUACAGUUUUUCUUUACGGUGAACAGAAUGGAUGA